ACGCGUUUUUCGACGCGAGGAAUCCUGGACGAAGACGAGGUUGAGUAGACUCGUUUUCAAUUUUGCGUCGUUCCUGUAUAUAAAGCCUGGGCUCGACCGUGUCCCGUUCAUCGGGAAGCGCUGUCACAGCGCGGUGACUCAAGAAGAUGAUUUCUGUUCAGUCUAACGCUAGAGCCCUGUCUGUUUUCUGUCUUGUAUACGCUGUUUUCAUGAAACUGCUGCGCUCGCGAGCACUGAUCCAAUAUGGCGUUUGUUUUAAAAUGAUGUUAAUUUGUCCCGUUUGUAUAACGUUGACGGUGUUUAUUCCGUAAAGCAGAAUUACAGUAUCGAUAUAUUAUAUUACUCUCAAGCAUAAAAACACUACAAAUUACUGCCUAAAAUGAAAUAUUAUUAAGGUCAAUGAGUGGUUUCAAAAUAAUCCAUGGCAGAUUCUUUUGUUGCUGCUAUUCAUGUAAUCAAAACAUUGCACUUAAACUUAAAAAUCUGCAGAGAUGGCCACUGUUAAAAAGAAAUAUAGCUUAACAUAUACUUGAAUUAAAUGUGGCUAGCUUUGUAGAUAUCUAAAAAGUUCAGUUUGACACCAGUCAAAAUAAUUUUCUCAAAAAUAUUGCACCAUAUUAAUAACCUAAAUCCAUGCAGACUUGAUUUGGAGUGCUGCGUAUGUCUGUCAGAUUGAGAACCAAUGGAGGAGGAAGAGAGAGAUGUGGAGGGUGUUUUUCAGUCUGAAGAGAGAGAGGAUGGACUGCAAUGUGACAAAAACCCAAAAGCUGAAGAAAAUGCAACUGUACAAGAGCUCGCACCAGUCAUUCCAGCCUCAGAAACUGAAGCAGCCAAUCAGAAGCCUCCCACUGUCCCCAUGCAAAUGGACAACUUAAUUAUAGUUGACCAAAAUGGACAACCUAUUCAGUAUGAUCGGUUGGUGAUUGUGACAGGGGGGAAUGGACCAUUAUAUGGUGUCCCAUCUGUGUCUAUGGGGGCCGCUCAAAUGUUACUACCUCAUGGUCAGCUGUUGAAUGUCGCAAAGUCAUCAGGUGUCUUUGUGGAGAAAAGACAGCAGACAAUAACAUCAAUAAAAGACAGUGAUGGCACUCAUAGUGUAGCUGCAGUGGCAGCUCAGAAUGUCACUGAUAUUAAAAUUCAGAGGAAAAGUCCUCCUGAUGUAUUUGAGCCUCCAGUGAAGCCACUUCCACCAGGGGCACCAAACUGGGCUCUGAGACUGCGCCGGUGUGAGAAGAUCGGUGACUCGUACCGUGGUUACUGUAACACAGAGGCAGAGCUGGAAGCCAUUCUGCUUCUACACAAGCAGCAGACCCACAGCGUGUUUGGCACCCGUCAGUCUCCCUCACCGGCUAAACCUGCCACCAGACUCAUGUGGAAAUCACAGUAUGUGCCAUACGAUGGCAUUCCCUUUGUUAAUGCAGGAAGCAGAGCAAUUGUGAUGGAAUGCCAGUUUGGUCCACGGAGGAAGGGCGUUCAACCUAAAAAAGGGUCUGAGCAAGAAACAAAUCAAAACAUCCUCUAUAAAGCCACCUGCCCUGCCAGAAUAUAUAUCAAAAAAGUACGAAAAUUCUUGGAGUACAAGGUUCCAACAGAUCCCAAAGUUGACAAGAAGGUAGUGCGGCAAGAGCAGGAGAAAGCCUUCUUCAACCUCAAGAAGACUUUAUGGGAUGUUGGAGGCAUUGUAAGGUAUUACAUCCAGCUCCCCACAGAGAACGCCCACCUGUACCACGACAUGGACACUGCAGACCUGCCUCCUCUUCCAGAGCAGAUCUGCUUCACAGAGGAACAACAAAAUGAAGAGGAAGACACAGAGGAGCUGGAUGUCCUGAUGGAAGAUGGGACACCCCUACCCUCUCGACUACACCCGCUCGUAGCAGAGAAGAUCUGUGAGCUGGUGGCACAAGGUCAUAACGAGGUUUACACUGUCCGCAAGCAGCUCAGGUAUGACUUCGAUGCUUUCAAAUCUCCUCGCUUUCAUUUGCUGAACAACUAUUUACUGUCGCGUUGUGAACACCCUGACAGGAGGUUUGUGGAACGUGAGAUGUUCAGAUCGGAGGAAGUGCCUGAGAGACACAAUCUGUGUUUCUUUCCCACUGUCAUUGACAUCAAGAACCACAUCCACGAGGCUCAGAAAGCUCUUCAGAUGACUACGGGACCACUGGCUACCUCAGACACAGAAUGGAAAGCAGAUGCUAAUAACUUGCUUCCGGAGACUUUGACCUUGGCCCUGACUCCUGCUACUGUGGGCGUAUCCUCUCAGAAGGAAGGGCUCCUGGAAGGAAGUGACACUCUUUCUCCAGAAGCUGUGCAGCUCUUCAGCUCUCUCUCAUCACUGCAGCCCAAGAUCUUUGCACAUCUCCAGGCAAUCCAGCUCCAGCCUGCCUUGUGUCCCGUGGAAGAAACUGUUCAACCUACAACAGCACCAGCAGAAGCCCAAGAGCUGUCCAGCCCUGCGCCCCCACAGCCUGUCCUGCUGAGUCCGUCCCACUUCCUGCAGUCGAGUCCCAGUGCUGGUGAAAGCACAGCUGCGUGUGACGGCAUGAGUCAGCUGGUAAACGUGGCCUCGGCCGCUGAAGGUGACAUCACACAGAUCCUGUUGGAGGACGGACAGGCCAUUCCUGUGCAGGUUGUGGAGCCUGCAAGCAUAACUUUGAGUCCCUCAGCGGACCAAACUCCAGUUAAAUAGGAGGGUGGAUGUGUUGGUGGAUGUGUCGGCUGGAAAUACAACAGUGGAAAAAGAAAACAACAUCCUGAGCUCUUUGAUCACUGGAGGAUUCAUUCAUUGUAUCAUAUACAGUAUUACGUGAACAUGGACUUUUAUGCAAUAUUGAUAAUGUAGUAGUAUUAUUUUUUACAUUUCCCAUUAUUGACAUUUUUAUUUAUUAUGGUGACAGCAAGAAAAAAAAGGAAUUUCUCAUUAAGUCUAACUGAAUAAAUGAGACCAAAAUUAAA